GAUGAACCACAUCCACAUGUUUUAAAUGGGGAUGGAAAUGGAACAGAUUUAACUAAAAAUGGGUUUGGUUCAACCAUGACGCCAUCAAAUACUUUGUUUAUUCAGUAAAUGAAUCAUUAAUUAAUGUUUCUUUUGAUUAUAUACAAUAUUACUUUUAAUACCUUUAUCUAUGCAACAUUUAUGUUAAGUUAAAAUGUCAUUAAGUGCUAGUGCCGAAAAUUUAACAACAGAUUCACAGCCGUACGAUGGUUCUAGCAAUAUGUGCUUGGAAUUGGCGUUGGAAGGUGAACGUCUUUGCAAAUCGGGCGAUUGUCGUGCAGGAGUCGCCUUCUUCCAGGCUGCCAUUCAGGCGGGUACAGACGACUUGCGUACGUUAAGUGCUAUUUAUAGUCAACUGGGUAAUGCCUACUUUUAUCUCGGAGAUUACGGAAAGGCAAUGCAAUAUCACAAACAUGAUUUAACCUUAGCAAGAACCAUGGGUGAUAAAUUGGGCGAGGCGAAAUCAUCUGGGAAUCUAGGAAAUACCUUGAAAGUGAUGGGACGGUUCGAUGAGGCUGUGCUUUGUUGUAAGAGACAUUUGGAUUUAUCAAGAGAAUUGAAUGAUAGGCAAAGUGAAGGACGUGCUCUUUACAAUUUGGGCAACGUGUACCAUGCUAAGGGGAAGCAUGUUGGGAGAAUUGGAAAUAAGGAGCCUGGCGAGUUUGCAGAGGACGUAAAGUCGUGCCUACAAGAAGCUGUGGGAUAUUAUGAAGAAAAUUUGAUUUUGAUGCGUGAGUUGGAGGAUGUAGCAGCGCAAGGUCGUGCCUGUGGUAAUUUAGGCAACACUCACUAUCUUUUGGGAGAUUUCGCGCAGGCAAUUCGUUACCACGAAGAGCGACUGUCUAUUGCUAGGCAGUUUGGUGAUAAAUCGGCCGAGAGGAGGGCCCACAGUAACUUGGGGAAUUCUCACAUAUUUUUAGGACAGUUUGAUGAUGCCGCUCAUCACUAUAAGCGAACUUUAGCUCUGGCUCAAGAGUUGGGUGAUCAUGCGGUGGAGGCACAGGCCUGUUACAGUUUGGGUAAUACGUAUACAUUGCUAAGGGAUUAUGAUACGGCCAUAGAGUAUCAUUUGCGACAUUUGCUAAUCGCUCAGCACUUGUCGGAUCGUGUCGGGGAAGGUCGAGCUUGUUGGUCUUUAGGCAAUGCGUACGCCUCACUUAGUAACCAUGAAAAAGCCCUUAAUUUCGCAAAUAAACAUCUGGAAAUUAGCAAAGAGCUGGGCGAUGCCGUCGGGGAAUCUACUGCGAAGGUAAACAUAGCGGACCUACGUAAGAUAAUGAACCUUCCAGAGAGCGGGACCAACUCAGAACUUUCUAGUCAAGAAGCCACAAGUCCCGUUUCGCCAUUCGCGAACGAGCGCCCACCCUCGAUCAACCGGAUUCAAAGGGUGAGACGCGAAAGCAUGGAACAGCUCAGUCUUAUUAAGAUGACUCCCGACAAUAAAACACGGCCCGGUUUGACGCUACAACCUCCUCCAGCCAUUGCCAGAGCACCAUCUCCUACGAAAAACGAGGAUGAGGACUCAUUCUUCGACCUGCUGUCCCGAUUCCAAUCCAAACGCAUGGACGACCAACGCUGCGCCCUAAAUCUCGAUAACAAAGAAAACACCAACGUUUCCAAUCUACCGCGUGACGGUCCGGACGAUCUAAUUGACAUGAUCGCGGGAAUGCAGAGCAAAAGAAUGGACGAGCAGCGCGUUUCCUUGCCGCACCUGCCAGGACUGCAAACCAACUCCCUACAGAGAUUAGCCGACUCGAACCGCAACAACAUUCCCGACGAUUCGUUCCUGGACCAAUUGGUACGCUGUCAGGAUUCGCGAUUGGAAGAUCAAAGGUCGCCGCUUCCCGCGCCGGCCGUCGACAGCGAGUCGGACUCGCCCAUGGCGCCUAACGAGAGCAGCGCCGGAAAGAGCGGCGCCACGGUCCCAGAUGAGGAUUUCUUCUCGCUCAUUAUGAGGUUUCAGUCGGGCCGAAUGGACGAUCAAAGAGCUAGCAUUCCGCGAAUGGACCACAAGAUUGCCAAUGGUAGUGUACCACUUGCCCAUAGUGAUUCUUCCAAUAACAAUGCAAGUGGCAAGAAAAAGAAGUAGGUGUUCGAAUAUCAGUACUUGAAUUUUAUUCUACGACUGCCAGUUUUAUUAGAUUACUUAUACUAUGUAGUGCAAAUUGUACAGUGUGUUCACAAUUUAGUUUUCUCUGCACAGUACAUCUGGUAUUUGACGUUUGGUCAAGAUUUCGCCUUACUGCUUUCAGUUUGAUACUCUACAGGAUGAUCCUUCAUGUUUCAGGUGUAGUAAGUAAGCCAAUACCGUCAUGGAAUGCUACUUCAAGGUAGGUACUAUACAAAUUACCGAUUGUUGCAAAAUUAUUUGGUGUUUUGAUAGGUAACACUGAUCUUGACUGAAAACUUGUGAACACACUUUGCCCUUUUAUUUUUUAAUGUAAGUAUUUUAUACAAAAAAUUUUAUAUUUUAAUCGUCCACGCUGUAUUUACUUAACUUGAUGGUAGGCCUAAUAGUCGUUCACUAGUCCAUUAUUUGGACAAAACAGCACAAAUCUCAUGUCUUCUAAGCAGUUAGAUUAUGUAUAUAUAGAGUUAAGAGUAAAUUUGUUAGCUCGGUACAGUUUUCUCGGCUUCCAAAUUACCCUUAAAAUUGGGAAUGAACACCAUUACGAAACAGACUGUGCCGAUUUAAUAGAUUUAUUAGAAAAGUAAUGUAAAUUUGUGCCAAAUUUAAUACUCCAUUUUACACUGAAUUAGGUAAUUAAAAUUGUUGGUACCAAAUCAGGGAUAUUCUACACUGAGUGAGUCAUAAAUCCCUCUAGGUAUUGCUAGUUAUUCGAUGUCUCAUCUAAUUUUUUAUUUAGAUGGCAGCAGUUUUGGGGGCAUCAUAUAAAGAGAACUGUAUAAUAGAGGGUAGGAUACGUGGCUCUCUCUGUGCGUAAUUAUUAACCUUCCACUUCACUGGCAUAGUGUAUAAUUACAACUAUUAUCGAAAUAUAACAGUAUUAAAAUAUUGGAAUCUUAGAAUAUUAAUUGAUGCAGUAUAGAAUUCGAUUAGCCAAAGAAUUGUUUGUAAAGUUUUUACAUUAUAUACAUUUUAUUAUCUAAAGCAAACUGUUGAAUUUUAAACUGAUUAUAUACUUCAAAAUGUGGUACAAAAGUAAACAUAUUAAAUGAA